UGGCGGCGAAAUUCGGAUUCGUCCGAACCAGGAGGACGUGUCUGCCAUGAGAGACGACCGGUGUCAGGACGUCGUAAUGCUGUGCAUGGAAGUCCACAAGGAGCUGCAGGCAGAUUGUCCGACUGAGGGUGAGUUAGCGACCAAUUUCAAAGUCGAGCCCCGCACACUCGGGGCCGAAUGCCUGGUGACGGUACUCGCUGAGUUAGCAGUCUUAAGCGGUUCUCCGGUGAAAGCGGACACAUCGUCGCCGUUGGAAACUGCGGUGGCUCGGAUGAAUCCGAAUCAGGGCCUUGUGAGCAUGUCCCUCCCUGAUGCAGGUUUGGAGACGAUCGUAAUUCGGAUUCAUCUGAGACACACGGACGAAGGACUUGACGGUUGUCGACUUCUGACGACUUUGGACAAGGACGAUUCCGUUGACGACCGGAUUGAUCCGACACUGAGUGACGUCGGGAUGGAGCAACCAGUUCAACCGGCAUACGACGACCCCUUGUACUCCGGCCUUCACGACGAGGCGAUGGGAGAGGACGUUAUGAAGAAGUCCUCUGAUGCUGUUGAAGAUAGAUUUCUCUAUUUCAGUGACGACGAUAAAGAUACUGCGCACGAGGAUAAGAAGUUAAGGGGGGGAGAGGUGUUGUUGGACAUCCAUGGGACCUUGCGCACAACACAAUGCGACACAGUGGCGACAGAGAAAACCCAACCUGUCCAUGUUGUGGACGUCGACGUUCUUUGUCCGGAGAAGGACAGACUAAAAUUGCCCGUCGCGGACUUGGAGGAUUUCUGCCAUCGGGAUGGGGAUGAAUUCAUGCCGUCUCCGGUCAUCGACGCCGACAUCUCGAACCUGUCAAGUUUCCUUGUGAGUUUGGAGCACGUCGUCGCCGCGUCGACACGCACGGGGGCGCCAAUCGUGCUGGGGCUGCCAUUGGUGGGCUCUGGUGACGUUGAAGCUAAGCCUGGUAAGCACUGUCUUCCUCUGCUUGCUUUCCGCUCGUCAGCCCGUUCGUGAAGUGUUGUUUGGUUCGUCGGUUUCGGGGAGGUGUGUACGCAGCCGCCAACUUGAUUUGACGAUGUGCUUCGUGAGG